CGAGCACUCGAGGCUGGAUGCGUCCUGACUGCGUUCUGGCCGCCACAACCACCAACAAGACCAAGAUGGCAGUGCUCCAGGCCGUUGUGUAGUCCAAGCCGUCGCUGGGCCGGCCGAGACUGGAGAGGACUUGAGUGGGACGGACUGGCGCACUGAUCACCGACGUGCCAGCCCGGCUCAAAGGAAAACGGAAUACCCGCAGUUGGGCUAUGUAGUCAGGUACAUAGUAGUGUGUCUAUCUAGAACCCACACCACCAGCCCAGGCCAGAACCAGCUAACAACAAGAUGGAUGAAUGUUCAACAAGUCCUGUCUUGAUCAAUGCGUGCCUGUUCAGAAUGUUCCUUCCUGUCCAACCCUCGACUCGUGUUGGGCGCGCCAUGCUGCAAACAAUAUGCGAUUGGCACUGAUUGCGGCAAGAUAUUACCUAAGAGUUUGAGGACACGAUCGAGUAAACACGUCUAAAUUCGUCCUAAACUCGUCCUCCUCCCCCUGCGCUUUAAUUCCCGCUCCGGUUGUCGGUGCAGUCCACGGCCCGGGGGAACAAGGCCCUACAGGCUGGGCCCCUGUCCCGGCACCCCAGGUUUCUUACUAGUACUUGUGUCUGCCCGUCCGCCUCUCACCCGCGGUUACACCGUCCACGGUAAUGCAUGUUCCCCUCCGUAUAUACUGGGUACUAACACGGCCACACGGCCACGCACCAGGCAAUAUCAACUGUCACUCAGCCCUCUGGAAUGGCCGCCCCGAGGGCUCGGACCAGACAGCCCGUCCCCAAAAGACAGGCCACUCCGGCCGCCCAGUCUUCAACCACGUCUUAAAAUAGUUACCCAACUGUCACCAAUUAUCCAAUUCUUUCGUGUCCCUUUGUUAUCAGCCCGCCUCUGGUUGGUCCCACCGCCCCUCGCCACAUCCAGCAUGGCAGCAUGGCUCCCCUGCCACGCUGCAGGGGCCCCUUAUCGCCUGCUGCUGAUUCGCCCCUCUCCCUCUCCCUCUUGGUCCCUUUCUGUGGCUUCGUUGCGCGGUUAUUAUUCCCAGAUGCCAGAAAACUCGAUCAUCGUCAAGGCCUCUCAUGCAGGAGUCGCAUGCAGGUGAUCCUCAGCCGUGGUAUCUGUCAGUCUCCGGCUAUUUUAGCCCGCCUCCCACGUAUCUACACCGUGACCUUCGAAAAGCCUCAAGCAACUCUGAGCAGCGACUCAUCAUAUGUCGAGAUGACGUCGCUCGUUGCCCCGGGGGGUCCUGGAGUCGUUUCGAUUAUCAAAUUGGGCAGGGACAUGAAGUCAAGAGAAGCCACAGAUGUGUCAAACGUCCCCAUUUCAAUGCUCCCACGCUGA